CCUUCAUUCCUAUAACAGUGAAAGAAAUCUACAAAUUAGGUAAUUUUUCUUUAAGAAAAAAAAAAAGCCAAGCCCAGUCACCUUAACCCCGCAACGACCUUUCUAUUUGCAGUUACCCUCAGUUCAUCAGUUCAUCGCAGUGAGCUUUUUGCCAAGAUGUGGUUCGAAAUUCUGCCGGCAAUGGCCGUUAUGAGCGUAUUUCUGACAGUCCCGGGAAUUAGCACCUCUAUCAUCCAAAAGUACACCAAUGGGGGCAAGGAAAAGAGAAUUGCCCGUAAUCGAUACCAGUGGAGUUUAAUGGAGAGGGACAGGAGGCUCUCUGGAUUCGACCGUUAUUAUGAAUCUAAGGGGCUGGAGGCAAUAAAGAUGGACGAAUAAGCGGACGUUUGAUGGCUACUAUAUUUGUGAUUGCUGUAUGCUUAUUCAGUAUCUUGUCUGGUGCCUCUUCAAGACAAAUAAAACAAAUAAAAGGUAUUCUGAUGGAACAAUGACAAA